GUUCCAGGGCUUCCCUCCCGAUGAGCCUGUCUCCCAGAGUUCCUUGCGCGCCGCCCUGCGCUCCCAGAGAGGCGUUUCGCCCCAAGCCAGCGGCAGGAAGAAGAGGGACGUGUCCCUGCUUGCAGCACCCUCCAAGGCGCCGGCCAAGCCGAGGAAGGGCGAGGCCCAGCGGGAGCGCAUGGUCAAGGCCCUGGCCGAGCUGCUCCAGAGAUCUAGGCCCCCGCUGGCCAGGCCCCCUCCGGGCGCCAGCCCCACCCAAUCCACCAGGAUGCCUUCCGAGCAGGACCCAGGGCCCUCUGAGGCCAUGCCCCCUUCCCCAUCCCCCAGCAGCCCCCCAAGGGGACAGAGCCACGACCCCAUGGUGCCCCACCGCCCGCGGGGCCGCCCCCGUGGCUCCUUCAAGAAGAAGCCGGGAGCCCCUCAGCGGGGUGCCAAGGCUCCCGGCACUGCCCCAGCGCCCCCCAGGAAGAGCCAGGGGCCGGCCUCGGGUGCCAGCCCGAGCUCCCGGAGGAAGGGCCCUGGGCGUGGGCGGAAGAAAUUGCCCCUGCUGCUCAAGUUUGUCUCCAAAGCAAAACGGCUGAAGUCGGGGCGGGUGGCGUUGGCCCGGGCCAGGCUAAAGCCCCCCGUGGGCAGGAAGCGGGGCAGCAAGAGGAGGAAGAGCAGCCCACCAAGGAGGAGGGAUGUUUUGCCGGAGGACUCCCCCACUCUCCCUGCCCCCCCUCCGGAGCAGCCGCCCCAUGAGGCACCAGCCGAGCCGGCCUCUCCGACCCAAGCCCGGUGGAAGCGGCGGAGACGGGCGCGGCGGCCGGCGCGGCGCGAGGGCGCUGUGAAGGAGAGACCGGCAUCGCCCCCGUGUCCGGCCCAGGCAGAGGAGGAGUCAACUGCCCCGGCCUCCAUCGCCCAGUCCACACGGGCACAGUGUCUGAAACGGGGGCGGGGCCGGCCGCCCCUCACCCCCAGUCAGCGGGCUGAGCGGGUGGCGGCUGCCCAGCGGGAGGGGGCUGGCAUGGUGGGCGAGGAGCCCCCCGGGCACAAAGCUACCUUCCUGAAGAACAUCCGCCAGUUCAUCAUGCCCGUGGUGAGCGCCCGCUCCUGCCGCCUCAUCCGUCCUCCCCGGCGCUUCAUGGACGAGCCCCCCCGACGAGCCCCCCGGGCCAAGGCCCCUGAAAUGGGGGGGCCACCCCGUGGGGAGCCCCCAGUCCCACAGCAAGCCCCUGGCCAGGAGGUGGCGCCUGGCCAGCCCCCUCGCUCGCCCGACGAACACCCCUCCCCCCUCUCGUCACCCCCUCCUUCCCCUGGCCUCUCGCCCCCAGCCUCCCCUCUUCCCACCCUCCCUGGCAAGCGGCGCUCUAUCCUGCGGGAGCCCACCUUCCGCUGGACCUCUCUCAGCACCUCGCCGCCUCUGCCCCCCGAGGCGGGCAAGUCCCUCUUCCAGCUGCCCCCUGAGGAGCCCCACCUCUUCCCACCUGGCCCCCUCCUUGCCCCUUCCCCGCCAGCCAGGCGGCCCCCACUGCUCCGGGCCCCUCAGUUCACCCCCAGUGAGGCCCACCUGAAGAUCUACGAGUCGCUGACAGUGUCGGCCGAGGAGCAGGAGCCCGUGUGCCUCAGCGAAGCUGGGAAGGACCCCCCACUGUCCCCCGUGCCCCGGCCAGAGCCCCCCUCUCCCCACUACGAACCCGUGAUGACUCGCAGUGGCAAGCGGCUGCUGGGCCGAACCAACCACCUGACCCUGCCCCUCUUUGGGGAGCCCCCCCAGCACCUGCCUGGCCCCCCGGACAUGGAGCUGAUCAAGAUGGAGGAUGUGGACGUGCCAGGCGUGGUGCGUAAGGUGGCCAUCCGCCGCAUGGCCUCACUGGCCAGCCAUGAGUCCGAGGAGGAGGAGGGCUCUGGGUGCGAGGCCGAGGAGCAGGGAGCUACGGCGCCCACCCGGGAGGAGGCAGCGCCGGCUGCACAGCCGGCCCAGCUGUCGGGCAUGGACAAAGUCUACAGUCUGCUGACUCGCGCCAAGGUGCAGCUCUUCAAAAUCGACCAGCAGCAGCUGCUCAGAUUGGCCCCGCCAUCGCCCAGCGUCAAAUCGGAGGAGAGUGCAGAGGCUGUGCCAGGGGACGCUGAGCCAGACCUGGCCAGCACGGACAGGAACGAGACCAGGAAACUGGGCCAGGAGUCUCCGGUGCAGGGCCCCCGGAUCAAGCAUGUGUGCCGGCAUGCGGCGGUGGCGCUGGGCCAGUCGCGUGCCAUGGUGCCCGAGGAUGUGCCCCGCCUGAGCGCCCUGCCCCUGCGCGAGCGGGAGGAGAUCGCUGCCUCACCGGUCGCCGAGGAGACCUCCUCGGCCUCAGAGAGUGAGGGUGGGCGAGCACGACGGGGAAAGGUGGAGCCAGUGGCAGUGAAAGCCCCGCCCCCCACACGCCGCCCCGCCCCCCACCACCAUCACUCAGGCAAGAAGAACCGCAUGACCCGCUGCGGCAAGUGCAAGGGCUGCCUGAAGCUGCAGGACUGCGGGGCCUGUGUCAACUGCCUGGACAAGCCCAAGUUCGGGGGACCCAACACCAAGAAACAGUGCUGUGUGUACCGCAAGUGCGAUAAGAUUGAGGCGCGCAAGAUGGAGCGGCUCUCCAAGAAAGGUCGCACGGUGGUGAAGCCAGUGGUGGCGCGGGACUCGGAGGACUCACAGGAGGAAUUCCCGGCACCCUGGGAGCUGAUGCUGGGGGCGACUGAGACAGCAGAGCAGGAGGCCCUGCUGCAGCGCAAGUCGGCCCGGCGCUGUGUCAAGCAGAGACCCUCCUACGAUAUCUUUGAGUCCACGGACGAUUCGGAUGCGGAGCCCCGGCCCGGCUCCACCACGCCCCGCAGGAAGCCCUCCCGCGACUCGGACCUGCUCCCCAUGGAGGCGGAGGAGCAGAGCCGACCGCGGAGAACGCCGCUGCAGCCCGUCGUGCAGCUCAAGGCGAGGAGGCGGUUGGAGAAGGACACACUCUCCUCUGGCUCAUUCCCUUCCUUCCCCAACGGCUGGAACGGGAAGCAGAAAUCCACUGACGGCGUCCACCGGCUACGCGUUGACUUCAAGGAGGACUGUGACUUGGAGAAUGUGUGGCUGAUGGGGGGCCUCAGCAUCCUGACCUCUGUGUCCGUCACUGCCCAGCUCAUGUGCCUUCUCUGCGCCAGCAAGGGUUUCCACGAGCUGGUGUUCUGCCAGGUUUGCUGCGACCCCUUCCACGUGUUCUGCCUGGAGGAGGACGAGCAGCCGCAGCGGGAGCAGGAGGAGAACUGGUGCUGUCGCCGCUGCAAAUUCUGCCAUGUGUGUGGGCGCAAGAACAAGGUCUCCAAGCCACUGCUGGAGUGUGAGCGCUGCCGCAACUGCUACCACCCAGCCUGCCUGGGCCCCAACUAUCCCAGCAAGCCCAUCCGCAAGAAGCGGGGCUGGAUCUGCUCUGCCUGCAUCCGCUGCAAGAGCUGUGGGGCUGCCCCAGGGAAGAACUGGGACACGGAGUGGUCCCACGAUUACAGCCUCUGCCCCCCCUGCUCCCUGCUCUAUGACAAAGGUAACUACUGCCCCAUCUGCUCUCACUGCUACGAGGACAACGACUACGAGAGCAAGAUGAUGCAAUGCGCUAAGUGCGAGCACUGGGUUCACGCCAAAUGCGAGGGGCUCUCAGACGAGGACUACGAGAUCUUGUCCAGCCUGCCAGAGAGCGUGGUCUACACCUGCCGGCCCUGCUCUGGCAGUGACAAGGCCAAGUGGCGGGAUGUCCUCACCUCGGAGCUGCGCAAGGGGCUGCGCAACGUGCUGCAGGGGAUGCUGGCCUCCCAGCACGCCGAGCCCCUGCUGCAGUGCGCCCAGGUACGUGAUCCCUCUUCAUGUGUGUUGCUAGGGCCUCUCUCCUACCCGCCCCAUCCCCUGCCCCGCCAUCGGGUCUCCGCCCCAGCAGCUCUUACCCCUCUCCCUGCAGGUGGGAAGGACCAGGAGGUGGUGCUGGCGAAGCAGGGGCUGGGCAGCGGCGCUGAGGACAAACGUCAGUGCGCCCUGUGCCUCCAGUACGGGGAUGCCCCCUCCAAGGAUGCGGGGCGGCUCCUGUACAUCGGCCAGAAUGAGUGGACCCACGUCAACUGCGCCAUCUGGUCGGCUGAGGUCUUUGAGGAGAACGAUGGGUCCCUGAAGAACGUGCACGCCGCCGUGGUGCGGGGGCGCCAGAUGCGCUGCGAGCACUGCCAGCGCACUGGCGCCACGGUGGGCUGCUGCCUGUCGGCCUGUCUCAGCAAUUACCACUUCAUGUGCGCCCGCCUGCGCCGCUGCACCUUCCAGGAGGACAAGAAGGUUUUCUGCCAGAAGCACACGGACCUGCUGGAUGGGACGGAGAUUGUCACCGAGGACGGGUUCGACGUGCUGCGCCGGGUCUACGUGGACUUCGAGGGCAUCAGCUUCAAGAGGAAAUUCAUGGUUGGCCUCGAACCCGACACCGUCAACAUGAUGAUUGGUUCCAUCAAGAUCGACAGUCUGGGGCUGCUGACGGACCUGUCGGAGUGCGAGGGACGUCUCUUCCCUGUCGGCUACCAGUGCACCCGGCUGUACUGGAGCACGGUAGAUGCCCGGAGGCGCUGCUGGUACAAGUGCCGAAUCCUGGAGUGCCGGCCCCAGCUGAGCCAGAAGGAGCCAGACCUGCUCGGGGGGCAGGAGGAGAACCAGACCAUCGCGCACAGUCCUGCCACAGACUCUCACCUCGGGGACCUGCACCUCCUGGGCGCAGCACCUGCCAUGCUGACACCAGAGUGCCACUCACCUUCCCGCAACCCGGGGCCCCUGCCUCCCCCUGAGUCGGCCACCGCCUCUGUGCCCCGCUCCCUGGCCGGAGCCCGCAUCAAAGUGCCCAACUACUCGCCGACGCGCCGGCCCCUGGCUGGGGUCUCCUCCCGGCCGCUGCCGUCACCCGGCAGCACGUCGUCCAUGGCCCACCACAUCCUGACAGUGGGUGACCCGGACUUCACACCACUGCGCCGCCACCGGCGCCACAGCCCCCUCUCACCGCGCCCGCCCCCCCGCCGGGCCCCCUCCCCCCCACGCCUCGCCAGGACUCGGCCGCCGGGCCCCACCUCUCUCAGGGCAGGAGCCGCUCCCCCAGGGAGCAGCCCACAGCACCCCCCUACCUCAGCCAGGCCCGGCCCACCUACCUCCCCCCCGGCACUGCCCCCUGAACUGGCCUUCGAUGAGCUCAACGUCUCGGACCUGGAGUUCGACGACAGCCUGCUGGACGAGACCUUCCACGAGGGGGGCGAGGGGCGGGGGCCCUGCUCCUCGCCCGGCCUGCCCCUGGCUGGCCCCAGCGACGAAGAUGAGGAGGAAGAAGGGGCUGGGGGCACCAGGCGCUACUUCCGCUUCCCCCCCACCGUGGUCACACGGGACCUGGACAUGGCGCCGUACCCACUGGACCUGCAGCUGCCCCACAUCGACCAGCUGGAUGGGGUGGAUGAUGGGGAGGGUGAGGGGCGGGGUGCCAAUGGCAAGCGGGUGGAGCCAGGAGCGGAGCAGGGGUCGGCUGGCCCUGCCCCCCCACCUGAGGACCUGCCCUCGGAGAUCGUGGACUUCGUGCUGAAGAACCUGGGCGAGGGCAAGGCCCCGGAGCCCAGCGUGAAUGGCAGCGAGGCAGGCCCCGCGCCUGAGCCGGCCCGUGCCUUGGGCUGGGUGCCAGGCAGCCCGGGCGUCCGGGUGCUGGGCCCCGAGGCGCCCGCUCCCCCCAAGCCUGGCUCCAAGGUCAUCCUGGUCAACAAGCUGGGGCAGGUGUUUGUCAAGAUGCAGGGUGGGGAGGAGGCGCCGGCUGGGGGUGGCCUGGAGGGGUCGGGCACCCCUGCCAAGCCAGGCCCGGCUCUACCCCCGCAGCCCCCAGCCAGCCUGGGCACAGUGAUCUUCCGCGCCGCGGCCCCGCUGGGCGUGGCCAGGAGCCCAGUGCCCACCUGGACCAUCCGAGCGCCAGUUCUCAGCAUGGUGCCCAUGGUGAAUGUGCUGCAGCCAUCAGGUGCUGGGGGGCAGCUCACCCUGGGCCCCUCGGCCCUGGUCACGCCCUCGCUGGGACUGUCCCAGCCCUGCCUGCUGCAGCGCUUGGCCCUCAACUCAGGUCUGCUCCACCUGCCUGUCCCCCCGCCCCAGCCGCACCCCCACCAGUUCCCCAGCAGUGCCAAGAGGUUUCUGCCGUCGCUGGUGCCCCCCCCCAAGAGGCCCAAGCUGGAGGAAGAUGAGGAGCCGCUGCCCCCUGCGUCGCCAGCUGGUGCCCCCGACAGCCAGAGCAGGAACGGUUUCGCCGGCCCCCCGCAGGGCCCCGGGCCCGGCCGGGUGCGGAUGAAGACCCCCUCGGUGAAGAGCGUCCUGGAGCUGGUGGCACUGAAGGAGCAGGCGGAGCUGAGCGAUGGGGGCAGCACAGGGUCACCCUCGGAUCCCUCUCUGGCCCCAGAGUGCAGCCCCCGCAUGCCGGAUCCCAGCCUGGAGCCUCUGCCAGAGCCCACGUGGCAUCGCUACACAGGGGAGCUGUCGAGCUCUGACGAGGACACCUUGUACUGUGAGGAUAAGGAGAACGAGGCGCCACCCAAGAGCCAGCCGCACCUACGUUUCGAGAUCAGCAGUGAGGAUGGGCUCAGCGUGCAGGCGGACAGCAUCGAUGGUGCCUGGAAGGCCGUGAUUGAGAAGGUGCAGGAGGCACGAGCCAAUGCCCGCCUCAAGCACCUGUCAUUUGCUGGCAUGAACGGGGUGCGCUUGCUGGGCAUGCACCACGACGCUGUCACCUUCCUGGUGGAGCAGCUGCACGGCGCCAAGUCCUGCCACAAGUACAAGUUCCGCUACCACCAGCACGAGGAGGAGGAGGAACCGCUGCCCCUGAACCCCAAUGGCUGCGCCCGCGCCGAGAUCUACGUCAGGAAAUGCACCUUUGACAUGUUCAACUUCCUGGCGUCGCAGCACCGCACAUUGCCCGAGGGCGGCACCUAUGAUGAGGAGGAGGAUGAGGUGCAGCUGAAAUCCACCAGACGAGCCACCAGCCUGGAGCUGCCCAUGGCCAUGCGCUUCCGGCACCUCAAGAGAACUUCCAAGGAGGCUGUGGGCGUGUACAGGUCGGCCAUCCACGGGCGUGGGCUGUUCUGCAAACGCACCAUUGAUGCGGGCGAGAUGGUCAUUGAGUACUCUGGCAUCGUCAUCCGCUCAGUGCUGACCGACAAGCGCGAGAAGUACUACGAUGGCAAGGGCAUCGGCUGCUACAUGUUCCGCAUUGACGACUUCGACGUGGUGGACGCCACGAUGCACGGCAACGCUGCCCGCUUCAUCAACCACUCGUGCGAGCCCAACUGCUACUCGCGCGUCAUCCACGUGGAGGGGCAGAAGCACAUCGUGAUCUUCGCCCUGCGGCGCAUCUUCCGCGGCGAGGAGCUCACCUACGACUACAAGUUCCCCAUCGAGGACGCCGGCUCCAAGCUGCCCUGCAACUGCGGGGCCAAGCGCUGCCGCCGGUUCCUCAACUAGCACCUGCUGCUCUAUCUGGGGCGCCCGCCUUUGGGAGCUGGGAUCAGGGCCCUCUCCAGAGCCCCCUGGUUUCCUGCUACCUCCCCCUGAUCCUCUCCUCUUCCAGGCCCCCAGCAGCCCAGUGCUGGGCUUUUGGGGGGCAAGGGAGCCCAACUGCUCGACACCCCCAGACACUGGCCUGGGGAGGAAGGGCCCCUAGCGUCAGUGCUGGGGGCAGGGCCUGGUGCCCCAGACUCCUCUGCUGUGAUCUCCCCCUUUCCCCCCGCCCACCCCCAGUUCCAGGGCAGCUUGUGGCUCCUGCCCCUCAAUUGCCCCACUUUCCCGGGCGGGGAGGAGCAAGACUUGACUUGGGGCAGGCCCCUUGGGGAACAUGGUCUUGCCCCCUUUUUCAGAGCCCCCCAUGUGGGCUGGGCUAGUGGGGUUUGCCCCAGAGCAGGGGAGCACAAUGACCCCCCUGCUGAUCUGCACUAGCAGAGGCACGAGGUGUGUGUGUGUUUGCCCAGCCCCCACCUCCUGAGUCUGGACUCCCAGCUCUGGCCUGGGGGCUGCUUUCCUUUUUGUACGGGGAGGGUGUGAGUGGGGGGCGGGGGGCCAGGGCAGGCCCCCCAGUGGCCCCCCAACCCUGUAGAUAUUUGUACAGAUGUUUCUAAACCUGUUUAUUUUCUAUGCACUUUUUUAUUUAAAGCGGUGAGUCAGCCCUGCGCCCCUGGCCCCGCCCCGUUGGUAUAAUUUUAAAUAAAUGGCCAUUUUCACAUGCUGCGCUCUUCCUCGGGUCAGUGCCAGGGGAAGGGGGGAUGCUGACAUGGGUGGGGGGAAAUGGGGUCUGGGCACACUGCCCCCUGCUGGAAAAGGCCUGCACCAGCUCUUCCCUCCUGCCCCUGCUCUGCAGAAGGGCCUCCUCUUUUCCAUUGGCUCAGGCCUGGGGUAGCCACAGCUCCCUGCUGCUUCCCCCGCUGCCACCUCCUGGCUCUGGCCAAAGUCACCAUUAACACCAGGAGGAGGAUGCUGGCUGAGGGGGGUGGGACCUAUUUCUGUUCCUCCCUAGUCUUGUGCCUCCAGGCAGCAUUCCAUGGGGCAGCGUCCGCUCACUCCCUAGACACCUUCAGGGUUGUGCCUGCUGCUUGGGCCAGGUUCAUUGCAGGGACUGGCCCCAUGUGGCAUGUGCAGCUGUUCCCCACCCCAGAGGUGGCUGCAUCUCAGUGCUGGGCGAGCUGUCCCCCGGGUUGCUGCAGUGUGGCCAUUAUCCAGAUGCUCCUGUCCUGUAUCAGUUACUGUCUCCUGGGCGGGGGGGCAGUGUCAAGGUCUCCAAUGUGGCUUUGGUGCCUCCUGCUGGCCUUUGAUGAGACUGGCUGCACCAGGGGCUCUGAGACUAGGUUGGGGAGGGCAGCCCCUCUGGCUGAUUGACCCUCAACCCUCCUCCAGUGUAGUUGCCAGGCCUGCUCUAACAUCUGCCCCCAGCCACCUGGGAACCCAGGUGUCCUGGUCUUCACUGUACCUACACUCCUUGAUGGUUCUUGGUGUACACCCCCUCAGGGAGAGGCUAGCAGCUGAGACCCCAGCUGCCCUGCGCUCUGUGAUUCUUGUCGAGGAGUAUAGACGGGAACCCCAGUGGCCUGCCCCCCCACCCUGGCCAUGGGGAGGGGGGCUGUAGCAGUGAGGUGGCGCAGCUAGAGAGUGGAGGGCAGCGUGAACAAGGUCCUGGCUUGUUUCCUUCCUGUGGUUGGCAGGGGGUCUGAGUGGGGGGUUGCGUGUCAGUCCAGGCAGGCA